AUGAAGCGCAGCUUCAGCAACUAUCUCGAAGAACUAGACGCCAAGGAGCGCAAAAGCGUAGCCAGACAACAAAACGUACAUGAUCGAGAAGACGACUUCAGCUACGGCACAAGCUCCGAAAGAAGACCCAUCAGUACGGACAUGGGAAGAGACAAUCAAGAUGGAUUCGCCGGUGUGCGUCGUCAUGCGAACAACGAACGUCCAUCGGGACAGGGAGACAAAGUAGAAAAGGCGUUGCUCGAGAAAAUUGAACAGAACAUUGCAGUGAUGAACGGGGGAUUGGCCCCGAGAACUGAUACAGAAGAAGGUGCGAAGUGUCCUGGGCCAGACAGUGCUGACGACGCGCCGCUAUCAGCGACGUCGUCACCUUGUCUUCAGAGGUCUGUGGACAAGGAGACAAACGCAGAGGAAACAGUUCGUUCUCCGAAUGAGGCUACCACUGGUGGACCUUCGAAUGAGACGGAGAGCGAUGACACCGAACCUAUUGACUGGGAUAGUGUACCAAUCACUCAAGCAAUAUGCUGUAGAUGGCCAGAGAACGUGUGGACCGAAGAAUUGGAGAGAGAGAUGACGGAGGCGACGUUGUUGCCGUUGCCGGACGAGGAUGAAGAUGAUGGAAGCAGAAUGGAUGGGGCGACGUGGGUAUUUAAGAGGGCAGGGCACGGGAUAUGA